CAGUUCUACCACUUCAUGCACCACGUGACACCAUGUGACAGGAGAUCAUGAUGACCUUUGACAUGCUAGACUGGAACGCCAGCGGAGAGAUCAGCUCAGUUCUACAUGUUGGUCUGUAUCCUGCUCUGCAGCGAUACCAUGUGGAGAAGAACAUCCUCUUCCGUCACUCCAGGCCGGUGUUUGAGUUGUUGGACAUGGAUGGAGGUCGCACCAUCAGCCCCGCCGAGUUCCAGGCCUUUGGCUUCCUGUUCAACCUCAAGGGACACGCCCUCGAUAAGAUCUUCUACGAGCUCAAUGUCUCCAGAGACGAGGGACUGAAAAAGAUUUGCCAGUAGAUUGUCGACUUGAUGACAACUAAUGAUGACUGCU